GCGGGGAGAGAGUGAGGGGGCGGGGUAGCGUGGCGUCAGCGCAAGAUGGCGGCCUCAGCGGCGCCGUUCCUGCGGUUGCGGAGCGGGCUCCGGCAAGGCGCGCGGGGGCUGUGCGCGAGGCUCGCGACGCCGCCCCCUCGGGCCCCGAACCAGGCUACAGAGAUUGGGAGCCGAGCAGGCACUAAGGCCCAGGCCCAGGGGCCGCAGCAGCAGAGGAACUCAGAGGGUCCCAGCUAUGCCAAAAAAGUCGCACUCUGGCUUGCUGGGCUGCUCGGGGCUGGUGGGACCGUGAGCGUCAUCUAUAUUUUUGGAAACAACUCUGUGGAUGAAAAUGGUGCCAAGAUUCCCGAUGAAUUCGACAACGAUCCAAUUCUGGUACAGCAGUUGCGCCGGACAUACAAAUAUUUCAAAGAUUAUAGACAGAUGAUCAUCGAGCCCACCAGCCCCUGCCUUCUCCCAGACCCUCUGCGGGAGCCGUACUACCAACCACCAUACACACUGGUCUUGGAGCUCACUGGCGUCCUCUUGCACCCUGAGUGGUCGCUGGCCACUGGCUGGAGGUUUAAGAAGCGUCCAGGCAUCGAGACCUUAUUCCAACAGCUCGCCCCUUUGUAUGAAAUCGUCAUCUUUACGUCAGAGACUGGCAUGACUGCCUUUCCACUCAUUGACAGCGUGGACCCCCACGGCUUCAUCUCCUACCGCCUGUUCCGGGACGCCACGAGAUACAUGGAUGGGCACCAUGUUAAGGACAUUUCGUGUCUGAAUCGGGACCCAGCCCGAGUAGUAGUCGUGGACUGCAAGAAGGAAGCCUUCCGCCUACAGCCCUACAAUGGCGUCGCCCUGCGGCCCUGGAAUGGCAACUCCGAUGACCGGGUCUUAUUGGACCUAUCUGCCUUCCUGAAGACCAUUGCUCUGAAUGGUGUGGAGGAUGUCCGAACUGUGCUGGAGCACUACGCCCUGGAGGAAGACCCACUGGAGGCUUUCAAGCAGCGGCAAAGCCGGCUGGAGCAGGAGGAGCAGCAGCGCCUGGCUGAGCUCUCCAAAUCCAGCAAGCAGAACCUCUUCUUUGGCUCCCUUACCAGCCGAUUGUGGCCUCGCUCCAAACAGCCCUGACCCCUGGGCCUCCUCAAACUCAGUGCCUGGGUUCUGGGCCCCAGGCCCAGUGCUCCCAGACCACGGCUUGGCCAACCACAUGUCCAAUAAAGUUCAUCCCAGACGCCA